UCAUCCAUUGUUUACAAAUCAAACGGCUUGUUUGUGUGCGGUGAGCGGAGCAGAGCUGCCCGGUUCCGUCCGGUUCGACUCGAGCCAAAGAGAGAUGCCGUGUUUGAAGGAGAACUACCUCGUGCUGCAGCAGUCCGUGACCGUGGACCCCGCGGAGGUGGACGCGCUGGUCACGAAGAUCGGAGAGACGCUCCAGCUCCACGGAGCGCCGGGGGGCCACCAGAGGAGCGGCCCCGGGCCCUGCGGGGCGCCGGUGGUCCCGUACCUGAAGCAGAAUCCCCACAGCUGCUGCCUAAAGAUCCGGACCCAGCGGGGGAACCACCGGACCCGCAGCCCCUACCAGCUACCGAGCCACGCGGGGCAGGACUGGGAUCAGAUCGGUCCGUGGAACAGGAAACGGAUCCCGGUUCGGGUCCAGGAGGAAGACCCGCACCGGCUGCUCCAGGAACUCAUUCUGUCCGGAAAUCUGAUCAAGGAAGCGGUUCGGAGGCUGCAGUUCUCCCCGGACUGCAGAGACCUGCCGCGGGGUCCGGACAGCCUGCCCUGCGCCUGACGGACCGAACCGAACCCUGACCAUCAGACCGGACCUACUGGGACCUUUGGUUCUGUUUGGAUCAUGGAACACGUGCCUGUGCUGAUGAUGGAGGGUACGUGCUGGACGGGGGGAACAUGGGUGGGGGCUGGGGGGGGUCACCGUGCACGCGCAGCAGACACGUGCACGGAGAAGACUUGAACAAUCACAUCCGGUUAUUUACUGAGGGCGGGGUUUGUGAAUCCCCCCCCCCACCCCCCUCCGGACCUGGUGAUGACGUCACUGGUAGUAUACAAAUCUGCCGACGUCAGAGACUAUUUUUUGGGACUUCCUGUUUGUUUACUUCCUGUUUGUGUGUGCUGAAGAAUCACGUGACUGCUCCGUAGCGGAGCGCCUUCAGAUUCCUGACUCAUCAGGACUUUUAUUGUCUUAAUAAUAAACUUUUCCUGUUUUCCAAGCU